AUGCACAAUAAAUUUUCAUCAAUUUCCAUUAAAUUAAGUGUAUUUUUGCGAGAUUUCGGACGCAAAUCCGUGAAAAAGUUGUGAAUCGGUGCGCCAAGAAGCACAAUCGACUGAAAAUUCGCGCCUCGAGACGCUCAAAGUGCUCAAAAAGGUCGAAGAAAAAUUUGUGUUUGUCAUAUUAUUACAUAGUUGGAGUUGGAGAGACGACACGAAAAGUGAUGAAAUGACAAUUGUUGUAAAAAUCUGAGCGGCUCUCGAGAACUUUGGUGAUAAUUUUGUCGUAAUUUUAGCGUUGAAGCAAGUGUGCGCGACGAAAAAUGUAAAAAGUGGUCCAUUUAGUGCAUGAUAAAAGCAAAAUUUGGAGCAAACGUAUUUUUUUAGAAGGCCGUCAAGAGACGCAAUACAAAAACAACCACAUCGCAAGUACAAGGAUACCCGCUUUGCAGGAUGGACAAGGAAUAUCGCGGCGAAAAGUUGAAGAAACGUGCGAAGAAGAGCAAAAAAGCGAAGAAACGUCGUCGCCAAGGCACUCCCGUGGAAGAUGAAAUCGAGUUUUCCACCGAAGACGAGGGCGCGAGCAACACACAGAAUGCCAACAGCGGCGGCGGCAGCGGCAAUGCCGAUCGAAAGCGUAAUAAAUCGCCAGCUGCCCCGCUAGUUGAGUACUCUGACGUUUCUAGUGAUGAUUUUUCAGGGCCAGAAGCGGGCGAAAUUGAAUCCGAGGGCAAUGGGAAUGCCGGCGCUGCUGACGAAAGUUUAUCCGACAUCAGUCCGGAUGAGCGUCCGCCAGCGCCCGCCACAAAAACCUUUGACAAAACGCGUUUGGGACCGUCGCUGGAGCCCGAAGCGCGUUCCAUGACGCCCGCAAAUGCGCCACGACGCAGCAGCAAGGAGCAGCUGUACGACGACAAACCGAAAGCUGCGGGCUUGGAGCUGGAGGAAAUUGGCGACGACUCGGAAUCGGGCAUGAGUGAUAUGGUGAUGCAGCGAAAAUCGAAGAAAAAAGACAAGAAGCGCCACAAGAAGAAGAAGAAAAAACAGAAAAAGAAGAGAACCAAGUCUGUGUCGAGUGUGGAGACAAUUUCCGAGGAGGAAGACCCGAUUUUGGCGGGAGAUGCAUUGACGCCGCCGCCCAUUGCGGCAAAUAAAGCCAGUGGGAGCUAUACGCCCGCGAAAGAUCCUAGUCUGACACCAAUUUCGCCAACAACACCUCCUCUCUCGCCGACCUACAGCAAGAAACGCACGGCGGCAGCGUCUCCGCACACGCCUCCCAUGCCUAGCAAGUCGUCGCAGCAUCAUCGUGUCAGCUCGAGUCCCGAUGUCGUGCAUGUGGUGCACGAUUCGAGCAGCAGUAGGAGUUACUAUAAGCAUCGUUCGGUGAAAAGUAGAACGCCAUCAGAACGAAGACCUUACAGUCCCCCUGAUAAGAGACGACGAACAGACAGCAGAGGGGAUCAUUAUUCGUACAAACGAGAUGAUAGGAGUCGUGACACUUAUAGAUCUAAAGAGAGAUAUAGACGAAGUCCAAGUCCCCGAAAACGAUCGAGAUCCCGUAAAUACUACAGUAGAUCUCGUUCAAUUUCGCCCCGCUCUCGAUCGACGCGACAUCGUAACAGUCGAAGUCCCCGUCGUACGCCAGAUCGUCGUUCGCGUCACUAUCAUUCGUCCCGAAGUCGAUCCCGGUCGCCGCAAAUCGCCUACAACAAAACCCUCGAUAUCCAGGAGAAGAUCAGCGACACGAGUUUGUUCGCGGAACUCGUAAAAGAUCGCCAGAAGCGUGCCAAGGUGUUGAAAGAGAUUCUCGAACCAAAAGAGACAAAUGCGGAAAAUGCCGCAACGCAAGAUCCCGCAACGGCGACAGAUUCCUCAAGUGCCACAGCUGCCACAAAUGGCAUGCGUUCCACGAGUCACGACACAACUGACAACGCGCCAUCGCACCAAAUCCAUCAAAUUCCGGUGCUGGGCGCCAACAAUAUGGCAAUGUUCAAGCCAGCGCCGCCGCCCUCCGCCAUCGGAACCAUCAUCACCACGCAGCAAAAUGUGUCGUCCAUGUCUGUGAUAGCAAUCAACAAUAAUAAUAAGCUAGGUGCGAUGAAGCCGCAACCGCCCUCGAAGCUUCCGAUGGGCGGCAAAUCACUGACAAAGUUACCUCUGCCGCCGGGCACGAAUGUCUCGGAGCUCGUGAACGCCAAAACGCCAAGUCCGCCACGGAGUCCGCGUGCUCGUGCCAGUGUCGGCAACAAGAAGGGUGGCUUGCUGAAUUUGCCGAUGCCGCCAAUGGUGCCUGGAAGCGAGGAUGUGAGCGGUGACGAGUUGGGAGAUUUGUCGCCGCGUCAAGGUGCCAACGGAAGUCAUCUAACGCCCAAAAAGACGUCGCAGCGAGCUUUUAAACGUCCUAUAAUCCUAAAUCGACGGAAUUCGAGGAGUGCUGUGGGUCCCGGGCCUGGAGGCUUGGAUUGGGGCGAACGCAGUGUCGAUGUCUUUGAGGUGCUAACACAGAUCGGAGAAGGUACUUAUGGGCAGGUGUACAAAGCGAAGGAUAAUCACACAAACGAGUUAGUGGCUUUGAAAAAAGUGCGUUUGGAGAACGAAAAAGAAGGUUUUCCCAUUACCGCAGUGCGUGAAAUCAAAAUUUUGCGUCAAUUGAAUCACAAAAAUAUCGUCAAUUUGCGCGAAAUUGUCACCGAUAAGCAAGACGCCUUGGAAUUCCGCAAAGAUAAAGGAUCAUUUUAUCUGGUUUUCGAGUACAUGGAUCACGAUCUCAUGGGAUUGCUGGAAUCGGGCAUGGUGGAGUUCACGGAGCAUCAUAACGCGAGCAUUAUGCGACAAUUACUUGAUGGUCUCAACUACUGCCAUAAGAAGAAUUUCCUGCAUCGUGACAUCAAAUGUUCAAAUAUUUUAAUGAAUAACAAGGGUGAAGUAAAAUUAGCAGAUUUCGGUUUAGCACGUUUAUACAAUGCGGAGAACCGUGAAAGGCCGUACACGAACAAAGUCAUCACGUUGUGGUAUCGUCCGCCAGAGUUGCUGCUGGGCGAGGAGCGAUACGGGCCCGCGAUCGACGUUUGGAGUUGCGGAUGCAUUUUGGGCGAGUUGUUCCUGAAGAAACCCCUCUUUCAGGCAAACAUUGAAAUGGCGCAGCUCGAGAUGAUAUCGAAACUUUGUGGUACACCGACGCCCGCCGUCUGGCCAACUGUCAUAAAGUUACCGCUCUUUCACACCGUCAAACCGAAAAAGACUUAUCGCAGGAGACUGCGCGAAGAAUUUAUCUUUAUGCCGUCGUCCGCACUCGAUUUACUCGACAAAAUGCUGGAAUUGGAUCCGGAAAAGCGGAUAACGGCGGAAGAGGCGCUGAAAUCGACGUGGCUGAAGACUGUGGUGCCCGAACAACUUCCAACGCCUCCCCUACCCACAUGGCAAGACUGUCACGAGCUGUGGAGCAAACGGAGACGACGACAAAUCCGGGAACAACAGGAAUCCCAACAAAACUUACCUCCGGGCAAGCCACAAAAUCAAAGUCAUGUCCUGAACGAAGCUGCUGUUUAGUCUCCGUGCGUCGUAAGUGCUCACAUACCACAAAAAAAAACACACACACACAUUACAAGACCUUUUAGAUAUUUUAUGUAUGCCCUGAAAUGUACAUAUGAGUAUUCCAUUUGUUGAAACCAUUUACGAUAUCAAAGAACAGAAAACAACUUUUAGCAACUAAGAAGCAUAUUAUUAACUACAACAACAAAAAAAUCUAAAAAAAACUUGUAUUUUAAGAAAAAUAAAUAAAAAUUAAUUCUAGCUGUAUAGAUAGAUUAGUUUAGAAAACAAACACAAAACACACAAAAAAAGAACAUUUAAAAAAAAAGAGAAAUAAUGAAACAAAAAUACCUACGAGAAUCAUUUUUAGUUAGUAAUAAUAAUAAUAAUAUAAUUUAAUAUUAAACAUGGUCAGUCAAUCUUUUUAUAUUGCUCUUUUUUUCACAUGGAAUAAACGUUUUAAAAACUUUUCUCUUGUUCCUGCUGACGACAUUCGUUCUUGGUUUGAUCUUUUGAGGGUCAUCUCACUUUGCUACAACUUUAAAGGACUCGUGAAUAAAAAUUUAUUGUUUUU